AGACGGGUCGGGUUCGCACAGUACGCACCACAGCUGCGUAGCGGGCAGCGUCCGACCUCCCUCACACUCCUUUGCCCCGUUCCUUUGCUCUGCGGCACAUGUACUGAAUAGCUUCAAGUCCUUUAAUCAUUCUGUCUCUCGCUCGAAAUGGCUCCAAGAAGCCCUACUUCCUUGGACGGAAUGCCCUCCCCCACCACACCGCGUCCGUUCGAACACGCACAGGGCCUCCUCGAGAUCCUUCCCGACAAGAUCGAUGUAGAAGAGGAGGCGCGCUUGUAUGAGGAACUGUGUGAUACCCCGGUCGAAUUUGACUUCAGAGCGAAAGCCCGUCCGUCAAUAGACGCGCCUUCGGUAUACUCGAAGGACAUCUGGUUAGGUGAUCACUCCGGCGAAAGCCAGGUGUUCGCGCGAGAGGUGGAGGUCGUCGGAUGGAUCAGCGUCGGGGACAAGCGAGGCGGCGCGUACAUAGUGUACGACUGUGCGAUUAAAACAAAGGAGGGAACUGUCAUCCAUGUACACAAGCGAUACAGCGCCUUCGCAGAGUUGUAUGCACGACUUCGUGCAAAGCUUCCGCAAAGCCAUCAGCGUUUCAUCGCGCCUCUGCCGCCGAAAUCACCUCUUUCCAAGUUUCGCCCAUCCUUUCUCGACCAGAGGAGACGACUUUUACAGCACUGGCUCUCGUCGAUACUUCUCCACCCCGACAUCGGCGGCUGCGAGAUACUGCGGGAAUGGGUCAUGGACUAGCUAUUCUAUUGUCUCCGCGUGUGUGUUUCGUUCUGUGCUGUUGCCAUUUUAUGUUUGUUACUCGGAUUUUGCAUUUAGAUCUAGCCUUGUCUAUACAUCAUGGUGCUGUCAAUGCUGCGACGUUCGACGUUGCAUGAUUCGCGCAUCAAAUCACGCCAGAGGGUAUACCAACGCACUUGCCCGCUGUGUGCGAGACCCGAAGCGCAGUAGCAAAGCGACUGUACGCGUAAUCAAUCGCUUGCCCGUCAGAGGCCCGGCGAACCCGAAUCUGGCUCAGUGCAAAGACGUGACCUACACUCUGAUUUGUCUGUG